AUGUACUUCUCCAAGAUCGUCCAGACUGCCUUCCUUUUGGCCCUUUCUGUCCCCGCUCAGGCGUGGAACAGACUGGACAAGGACAACGCUGCUCUCUUGAUCAUCGAUCACCAAGUCGGUCUGUCCCAGGUCGUCCGUGACUUCAGCACCAAUGACUUCCGCAACAACAUGCUUGCGCACUCUUCCAUUGGAAAUGUAUUUGACUUGCCUACUGUCCUGACCUCCUCUUCCGACACCGGCCCCAACGGUCUCCUCCUCAAGGAGAUCACCGACAUGCACCCCAAUGCUACCUUUGUCCGUCGCCAGGGUGAGGUCAACGCCUGGGACAACGAGGACUUCCGCAAGGCUGUCAAGGCUACCGGCAAGAAGCAGCUGAUCAUCGGCGGUAUCGUUACCGAAGUUUGCACUGCUUUCCUGGCUCUGUCCCUUGUUGAUGCCGGUUACGAGGUCUUUGCCAACACUGAUGCUAGCGGAACCUUCGACGUCAAGCUCGCUGAGGAUGCUAACCGCCGCAUGGAGCGCGCUGGUGUUACUCUCAUGGGCUACUUUGCCAUCAUCUGUGAUCUCAUGCGCGACUGGCGUAGCAGCCCUGGUCUCACCGAGAUCCUCCCCGUCCUUGACAAGUACCAAUUCGCUUACGGUCUCGUUGCUCGCCACCACGCUGGUGCUAUUCAGAACGGUACCCUGGCUGCCGUUGAGACCACUCUGAUCUAA